AUGUUCUACAUGAAUUUCCUCAUCAGCAAGCGCGGGCCCUUGGCCAAAAUAUGGCUUGCUGCCCACUGGGAGAGGAAGCUCACCAAAGCUCAUAUAUUUGAGUGCAAUUUAGAGACUACCGUUGAAAAGAUCAUCUCGCCGAAGUUUACAAUAGCUCUGCGAACCUCCGGACACUUACUCCUAGGAUUGGUGCGAAUUUACCACAGGAAAGCAAAGUACCUCCUGGCAGACUGUACUGAAGCUUUGACAAAAAUGAAGACAGCCUUUCGCCCGGGGCUUCUUGACCUUCCAGAAGAGAACGUUGAGGCUGUGUAUCAGUCUAUUACGUUACCUGAAGAAUUUAAUGAUUUUGAAACACCACUACCUGAUAUAAAUGCCAUUGACGUUGCUGAACAUUUUACCUUGAAUCAGAGCAGAGCUGAAGACAUCACACUUACAGAGGAUUACGAAAGCAAUGUACUUCUCUGUGCUAGAAACUUUGACAGAGAACCAGACACGCUAAGCGAACAGCGGCUCUUCGACGGCGGCGCCUUAACGGGCAGUAACAGUCUCGUGGCUGACCAGAACUCUGCGAGCGUGAGGGGGGACAGGUCUCUGCUGCAGGAAGACACCUACUGUUUCGAGCAGGACUGUUUUGGAGACGAGGAGAACGCUGCAGACAUGAUUGAAAUCCUGCUGAGGGAUGAGCAAAACGGCCUGAACAGCCUGGGUAAAGAUAUUCUUGACACGGAGGAAGAGCAUCCUUUGUCACAGGAUCUGCCAGAGGACAGCCCAGCCAUCGAGUGCAACUGCGCAGACACCGCCAUCGAAAAAGUAAGCCAUCUCACGAGUGAAAUGACCCUUCUGUUGAAAGAAGAGGAAGGAUUUGUGCUGGAGCCCGUUGAUGAGACAGCUGUCACCCAUCGGAAAAAAAAGAAAAGAAAGAGGAAGUUGCUUGUGGAUGUAGAGAAGGAGCUCAGCUGCAGCACCAUAUACAACCAACUUAACAACUGCAUGGACACCCUCACGACGCUGGACCUUGCCCCCCCGACAAAGAAAAUGAUGAUGUGGAAACAACUUGGAGGGGUGGAUACGCUCCUAUCCCACGCUACACAGCCUGUGGUCCACGCCACGCUGCAAAUGUUGUUUGCAAAGUGCUUCAAGAGUCAGGGGAUACAGAUGGACUCUGGAAGGGAAGAAGCAAAAAAAGAUGCCCCAGGGUUCUACAAACCAAAGGCCAAGGAAGAGAUGCUGCUGGUAGAAGCGCCGAGUUACCUGCAGGAGUCAGCUAAUUCAGAGACCGAGAGCAAAACUAGAAAUGACUUGUUUGUGGCGACAUCACCGAACGGGAGAAAUGAAACCCACGGGAACUGUGGGGAAACUGUGCAGGACGGGGCGGCUUUCUCCGAGAGCUCCAACAACGGGCUGGACCGAGAAGCUGCGAGGCAGCCGGCGCGGAUCACAAAUGAGCUGCUGAGGAACGGGCAAGAGAGCGAAGAAAUGAAGUGGAACAAAAGAACUCUCCAGCUGUUGAAGACUUUACAGCACCAGAGGAGAGCAGGUGAGCGUUCCUUCAGUUUGCACGACCUCUGCCAGAAAAACAACCGGAAAGAAGCUGCAGCCAAGUUCUACACCUUCCUUGUUCUGAGGAAACAGUUGGUUAUUGAGCUGUGGCAGAGCGCUCCCUUUGCCGACAUCACCGCCACCGUCGGCCCGGCCUUCGACGCCCACUGA